AGUUGUUUGUGGUAUAAAUUACUACUUUACCCAAUUAUGUGUUCACUAACGUAAGAGUGUUUCCACAUAAAAUCAAACCACCUCUUAGAGGGAGUAGGGUAGUUAGCUUGAUGUGUGUGUUUCUUUGAAGAAGGUGAUGUGCUGUAAGUGAAGUUACUCGUUUUACUCACGUCACACAAAAAAAUCUAUGACUGAUGCACUGCAGCAGAGUGCUGCGUUGUUUUGGAGGUAAGAGGAGAAUGGGUGUGAGUAGCAAUGUGUGUUUGAAACAGGAAGAAAACAGCCCUGUGGCGAGGUCCUGCAGCACUCCUGCUGCCUCCUCUUGGUAUUACAUGCUUGCAUAGAACCUCCUUAACCUAGUGCUCUUCUACCCUCAGCCUAUACUUUUUUUAUGCAGAAUUGUCACGGUGUUUUAUUUAAAAAAACAAAGGCAGGAUGUUCUCUUCACCUGCUUCUCAGCAGAUCCCAUCCCUACUCUGUUAGUGCACCAAAGUACUGGAAGCUGAGAUAGCCCAGCAUCCACUGGGGGGCAGCAGUCGGAGUUCUUCGGAGCCGGGGCUGGAGUGAACUUGUUUGGCUAAUACCUCUUUUUUUUCCUCCCUCGAAAAUCUUCAGUUUAAGGUAAUUAUGUUUCUGGGGCAAGGGGCUUUGCGUGGGAGGUGUGGGAUACAAAUGAGAAACCUGAAGGUUUACUUCUGGAAGACUGGUCAGGAGGUAAAAGCAGGAUGUCAGGCGUGCUUCUCAAGCUGUUCUGCUGCGGGAUGCUGCUAUGUGAUAUUCAGAUUGUCAUCGUGCAGUUGGUAACUUCUUAAUCUCUGGUCAGCUCUAAUAAGAAUAACCAAAAGUGCAGAAGUGAGGCUGUACGUGAACUUGCUUUGUCGGUGUUUUGAAGUCCAAAACUAGCUGUUAAGCUGUAUUUAGUAUAGUGGAGCACUGAUAAACAAAUAGAAGGUCAACAGUUAAUUUCUAGUGUAAGCUAUUCCAGGCAGGAUUUAAAUGCCGAGGAGCAGCGAUGUAAGACAAAUAGCUGCCCUGGGGUCUUAGGGCUGGAGUCAGCUGACUUAACCAGGAGGAAUAGCUCUGUGGAGCGGAGAAUAUUAGGCUUCGUCUGGUCAAAGAGCUCAAAAGAAGUUGACCCUAUUUCUUUCUCUCCCGUUCCUGGAUGUGGAAUAGCCCCUGAUUGUGCGAAGCCUUUCAGCCUAGGAGAGCUGCUUGCUGGAUGCAUGAAGCUUGAAUGGGGAAUACCUUCCAUGUUUUCUUCGUGCAGCUGUGUCAUCCGAUGGAUCACGAGCACUGUCGUUCUGUAUCUCUUCUGGGAAGGGUGGCUUUUGGAAGAUCACUUUUAAGCCGUUUAAGUCCUGUUGUCAAGACAUGCAUCAAUUUGAGGAAGAAUUAACGUGUUCCAUUUGCUAUAGCCUGUUUGAAGAUCCACGCGUUCUCCCUUGUUCCCAUACCUUCUGCAGGAGUUGUCUGGAGGGCGUUAUUCAGCUGUCAAGCAACUUUUCCAUUUGGAGACCCUUGAGAGUUCCUCUGAAGUGCCCGAACUGUCGGAGCGUUGUGGAGAUUCCUGCCUCCGGCACCGAGUCGCUGCCCAUCAACUUUGCUCUGAAGGCCAUUAUUGAGAAGUACCGCCAGGAGGAUCGCGCUGACGUCGCCACCUGCAGCGAGCACUAUAGGCAACCGCUGAACGUGUACUGCCUUUUGGAUAAAAAACUAGUGUGUGGCCACUGCCUUACCAUAGGAAAACACAACGGUCAUCCCAUAGAUGACCUUCACAGUGCCUACCUAAAAGAGAAAGAGUCUUCUGGAAAAAUCCUAGAGCAGUUGACUGAUAAACACUGGUCGAAUGUGUGCUUGCUUAUUGAAAAGCUGAAGGAACAGAAAUCCCAGUGCGAAAGCGUUGUUCAGGAUGAUAAAAAAGUAGUGGUACAGUACUUUAAGAAACUUAGUGAGACACUGGAACACAAAAAACAAGUCCUGCUGGCUGCACUGGAUGAAAUCAACAGACAAAUUUUGGAAGAAUAUGAGCCUCACAUUGAGAAGUUGAAAAAAAUAAGGGAAGAACAACUUGAAUUAAUGUCACUGAAUACGUCUAUCCAGAAAGAAGAGUCUCCACUUGUUUUUCUUGAGAAGGUGGACAACGUGCAUCAACGUAUAAAAGCUCUGAAAGAGAAGGAGCUGCCAGAUGUUAAACCUGUGGAGAUUUACCCUAGGAUUGGGCACCUACUGAAGGAUGUGUGGUCUAAAACUGAGAUCGGUCAGAUCAACAAGAUCCUGACUCCAAAAAUAAAACUGAUUCCAAAAAGGAAACUACACAGCAAGAGCAGCGAAAAAGAAAGAGGAAAAUCUCAAGAACUUCUCCAGGCUGCAAACCCUCUCACAGUCACCCUUGUUUUUAUAAUAAUAACAGCGAUAGCUGUGCUUUCAUUUCACAAACCAAUAGCAUCAGUUGUCAUUGAAUCUGUUCCCUCUUCUAUUUCAGAUUUCUUGUUCUUUAUUUAUCGAGAUUUCUGCACCUGUUUGCAGAACACAGUGGAUGUGGUGUGCCAUAAAGUUAAUUUACUGGCAGAGCUUUUAGUGGGAAUUGUUCCUUUUUGACCAUACCUGUGAUGGGAUUUCGUGUCAGAAACCCCACAAUAUCUUUACAGUUUCUAUCUAAAAGCCGAGUUGUUAGAACUAUGCUUUUUCUUUAUUUUUCCAUAUCCUUAGUUUUCCUCCAUAGAUUUCCUCUCAGUUAACAGGUAGGCAAGUGAGAAGGUUUACAACAAAAAGAUUUUUUCAUCUGCUCACCCAGUAAGGGAGGUAAGUAGGUGUUUAAACUGGAAGCUAUUCGCAAACGUCUGCGUAAGAAAGCUAUGAUCAGUUUACAAACCUCAAUCUGGAAGAGAGCAAUCUCCUGUUUGUAAAAACUUGCUGAACAUCUCCUUUUUUAAAGAAUGGUAACAUAAAGUGAGAUAUUUUUUUAAUAAGAGCACUGCAUUGUUAGAGGUUUUAAGAAGCACUCGGCUGCUAACUGGCUGCUCCAGGGCGAGUCAGUCACUCGGCCUGGUGUACACAGAGCUCUUUGUGUUUCAUUGAUCUCUUUUGAAACACGUUUUAAUUGAUAUGGCCGUAGCCUUGAAGCCAUGUAUUAAUGGGCUUAGUUUUCAUUCUGUAUGUUCUUGGUUGCUAGCGACAUGAUCCUGUUUACAGAGCGGUAUCUGUAGUAGCUGUGGUAAAAUACUGCACACAGGUUUUAGUGCCAGCUAUGCACAAUCAGGUAUUGACUCUAGCAGGGAACUUUCACCGCUCAUAAUGAACCUCGACUUUUUGCUGAAAGAUUUAGUAUGUAGUGAAAGUAGAUACGUGCUGCAGUAAGUAGCAAAACUCCCUUCCAAAUCAGUGGCAUAAGGAUUUCAAAUGUUACCAGGAGCCCUUAAACAACUUGAAAGCGAGUGUAAAUUUAUUUCCAGCUUUUCAGCACGAGUGAUGAAGACCUUUAACUUGACGUAGAAGAAAGCUCAUAGCAUUUUGUUCUGCAGUCAAACAAUCGGUAACGUGCUGUACUUGUAUUGAUGAGGUACAAAACUGUACUCAGUAGAGGAACUGCCAGAGAAAGCAGUUGUUGACCUUCAGUUAUUAACAGGUUGGUUACAGGCUGGAAUAGCCGUUAGCUGUUGCAGUUAGAACAGGAGAACCCAGAUAAGUGUACAGAAAUGAAUAUAUGUUUAAUUUUGACUUAAUACAAACAAUAAUAUAUUCUAGCAUAGCAGCAUUCCUUGGGUGCUUUAUUAUUUAAAAAUACUCAAGUUGUUGAAAUGGCGAUGUAAUUGGGAGGCCAGCCUUUCACAGCUUGAUGUUUUAAGACCCUUGUGUUUAAAACCCAGACCUGCCUGCUGCUACCAGCAGGUGCUAGCGGGGGGUCCUGCAGAGCAGCAAUUGCUGCCAGUGAGAGCUGGGAGCAGGAUUCAUCCUCACGUGUGGUGCUGAUGCAUUCCUUAAGCCGAAAUAAAAUCCUGAGCUUAUUGGUAUCCUCGUAUUAUGGUGUUGAUAAAACAUUAAGUCUAACCAAGUGGCGACUGUGCAGCACCCUUCUCUGCAGCUUGAUGGUUCGCGUUGCUCGGAUCUGACUGAAACGUAUGAGCAAGCAGUGCUUCAGAGGAGCAGGCCUCUGCCCUGCUUGUGUGGGAGUGGUUUCUAUGAUUUGUACUUCUAGCAUUAAUAAUGGCAAAUCGCAUUGAUUCUUCCGGUUGGAUUGUGAAAUCACGUGUGGGCAUAGCCUAGGGCUGGGUAAGUGCCCAGAAAACUGGAAGCUGUGUGUUUCUCUGAAGCCCUGCUCGAUGGCUGUCAUCUGGCACAUUAAGUCUCACAGCCUGGUGCUAAGCUCUGUCCACUACCACACGAAUCUGCUUUUUUGAUCUCUCUGCUUUUUUAUUUUCGUGACUUUUAAAAAAUAUAUGGAAAGUUUAUAAUGCAGUUUUAUUUUUCCAGAUUACGUGAAUUUAUAAGAUGUCUUUAUCACUGAUUGAUAGAAACGUUUAGUACUUGUACUUAUCAGUGUACUAUAUAUUUUAAUAAAUUUGCAUAUUCUUACAUUA